UGUACCGGUGACAGUAAGAAUGUUAAGACACUGACUUUACCGUCAAAAGAAAUUUGUUUGCCACUGUUUGUUGUUAUUUUCUGUCAUCUCGAGCUAACUCUCACAAGCAGCCAUCACAUUCGAUCGAGCGGGACAGAUUGAAGAGAACAGGACUAUCUCUAGGUGGUGAUGGGUUCUAUGUUCCGUAGUGAGGAGGUAUGCCUGGUGCAGCUCUUCCUCCAGUCUGGUUCGGCCUAUAACUGUGUCAGUGAACUGGGAGAACUGGGCCUGGUCGAGUUCAGAGACUUGAACCCCAAUGUCAACUCCUUCCAGAGGAAGUUUGUGGGGGAGGUGAGACGAUGUCAGGAACUGGAGAAAACCUUCACGUUCCUGGAGCAGGAGCUCAAUAGGUCCCUGUUGCCCCCCUUCCAUGGCCCGACCCCCUGCCCGACCCCCUCGGCCCCCCAGCCCAGAGAGUUGCUCACCAUUGAGGAGGAGAGUGAGAGGCUGGCCAGGGAGCUCAAAGAGGUGUCCAGGAACAGAGACGGUCUCAGAGCCCAGCUGAUCCAGCUCAGCCAGUACAAAGGAGUUCUCACCCAGACCCACUCCCUCACCGCCUCACAGGCUCCACCUCCUCUACGUGAAACAGUAGGCAUAUUGGAGCCUAACCGACAGGAUGUCCACCUCCGUUUUGUGGCUGGUGUGGUCCACCCCUGGAAAGUCCCAUCAUUUGAGCGGUUGCUAUGGCGAGCAUGCCGCGGUUACAUCGUCGUGGACUUCAGAGAGAUGGAGGAGCAGCUGGAGCAUCCUGACACGGGGGAGAUGGUGCAGUGGACAGUGUUCCUCAUAUCCUACUGGGGAGAUCAGAUCGGACAGAAGGUCAAGAAGAUCUGUGAUUGCUUCCACACGCAGGUGUUUGCAUAUCCUGACAGCCCCACGGAGAGAGAGGAGAUUCUCCAGGGACUGCAGGGCAGAAUUGAAGACAUCAAAUCAGUCCUCUUUCAGACAGAGCAGUUCCUCCAGCAGAUGUUGGUGCGUGCAGUAGCGGUGUUGCCCCAGUGGAAGGUACAGGUCCAGAAGUCUAAGGCAGUCCAGGCCGUACUGAACCUCUGCAGCCCCUCCGUCACCAACAAGUGUCUGAUCGCUGAAGCCUGGUGUCCCGUCAGCAAGCUGCCCGAGCUACAGAGCGCCCUGAGGGAAGGAGGGAAGAAGAGUGGCAGCGGGGUGGACUCGUUCUACAACCGCCUCCCCUGCUCCACGCCUCCUCCUACCCUGUUUCCCACCAACUCCUUCACUGCAGGCUUCCAGAACAUUGUAGACGCCUACGGAGUGGCCAGUUACCGCGAGGUCAACCCAGCGGUGUACACCAUCAUCACGUUCCCCUUCCUGUUUGCCGUGAUGUUUGGGGAUGUGGGUCACGGUCUGCUGAUGUCCCUGGCUGCCCUCUGGAUGGUUCUGGAGGAGAAGGACCCCAAACUCAGGAACAACACUAAUGAGAUCUGGCGGAUGAUGUUUGGAGGACGUUAUCUGAUCCUGUUGAUGGGACUGUUCUCUGUCUACACUGGGGCCAUCUACAACGAGUGUUUUAGCAGAGGACUCAGCCCCUUCAGCUCCGGCUGGCAUGUAGGACCCAUGUUUGAGAACGGAGAGUGGAAUCCAACAACUGUUAAAGACAACAACUUCCUGUCCCUGGACCCUAACAUCACUGGGGUUUUUACUGGACCCUAUCCCUUUGGCAUCGACCCAGUCUGGGGUAUGUCCAACAACCACCUGACGUUCCUCAACUCCUACAAGAUGAAGAUGUCUGUCAUUAUCGGGGUCAUCCACAUGACCUUCGGAGUCUGUCUGGCCUUCUUCAACUACAUACACUUUAACCAGUUGAGCAGUGUGUUCCUGGUACUGAUCCCAGAGCUGUUCUUCAUGCUGUGUCUGUUUGGUUACCUGGUCUUCAUGGUCAUCUUCAAGUGGCUGGCCUUCGACACGACCCACUCUAACUCCGCCCCCAGCAUCCUCAUCCACUUCAUAGACAUGUUCCUAUUCGCUGAGAACAAGGACAACCCGCCCCUCUACGGAGGACAGGUGGUGGUGCAGAAGGUUCUGGUGGUACUGGCACUGUGUUCUGUUCCAGUCCUGCUGCUGGGGAAACCCAUCCAUCAAUACAUCACACACAAGAGGAAGCACCGGCACAUGGCAGGAGACAGACGACCUCUGUUGGCUGAGAACAAUUCCAUCAAUGCUCAUCAGGGAGAGGUGGGGAGUCACAGAGAGGAGGAGGUGGAUUUUGACGCUGCUGAUGCGUUCAUGCACCAGGCCAUCCACACCAUAGAGUACUGUCUAGGCUGCAUCUCCAACACAGCCUCCUACCUACGACUGUGGGCCCUCAGCCUUGCACACGCACAGCUUUCGGAGGUGCUCUGGGUGAUGGUGCUGCAUAACGCCCUGACCUGGCAAGGCAACAUGGGAUCUGUGAUCCUGUUUCUAUUCUUCCUCGCCUUCGCGGUGCUGACAGUCUCGGUCCUGCUGGUCAUGGAGGGCCUGUCUGCCUUCCUGCAUGCCCUGCGUCUGCACUGGGUGGAGUUCCAGAAUAAAUUCUACAGUGGAACUGGCUACAAGCUGAAUCCUUUCUCCUUCUCUUCCAUAAUCCACGCCUCGUCCGCUCUGUGAUCAUUUAAACGAUCAAUGAAUUAUGAUUGCCAAAUGGUUAUAUUAACUUGCUCUGCACCUAUUACACUGCACACAUUUCAGAAUGAUUGCUGUCUUUUUUUGUAUGCUUGGUGUUUUGUAAAAUGUGUUCAAUGUACAAGAAUGCAUUUAGGCCUUUGCACUAUGGUAUGGAGUGUUUAUGUGCCUAUUUCAGCAUGCAUGCUGUGUCAUCAAAAUCAGAUUUUCUUUCUUGUUCCUUCUUUGCACUGAUCAUGGGGUGGGUCUGUAAAUUCACUCUGGCUGUCUACUCUGAUUUCAGGAAUUUACGAACACGCAACACCCGUUGAAUAAGUAACAUGCUGUGUCAUCAAAAUCAGAUUUUCUUUCUUGUUCCUUCUUUGCACUGAUCAUGGGGUGGGUCUGUAAAUUCACUCUGGCUGUCUACUCUGAUUUCAGGAAUUUACGAACACGCAACACCCGUUGAAUAUGACUGGUGUCUGCAAAAAAUAUAUAAAUAAUUGUUGCCAGCAGCACAGUUAGUCACCAAUGCCCUAGAUAACACGGAAAUAGUCUAACCAGCUCUGCUAGGGUGAAUAAAAUAGUCAGUGAGGUGUUUGUUCUCUCAUUUGUGUCUGGAUGUAGCUAGCAAGCUAGCCAACUUUAGCCAGUUAGCUCGGGUGCUUGACUGCCAUUGUGAGGUCAGAACGCUCGGAUAAACCCUACUCCUCCAGUGUGCGCUCUGAACACCCCGAGAGCAAAAAGCUCUGAAUUCACGAAAGGGCAAUCUAACAACGCUCUGAAUUUAUGAAAGCCCAGAGCGCACUCCAGAGUGAAUUUACGAACACACCCCAUGUGUCCCAACUUCCAGUAAUGUACCCUUAGAUAAUAUGUUGUUUAAAUAAUAUAUUAACAGUAAUACAUUCACAGCCUCCCUGUUUAUCGUUCAAAGCAUUAUUUGAAAAUGAAUAACUCAGGAAAUGGGUGCUAUUGACUUUCCCACAUGACCGUGAUCUCAAAGUCAGUAAAGAUAAGGCACACACCAAUUGUCUUAACUCAUCUGUUGUGGUCUUGAAGAGAGUCCACAUAGACAUGAUUUUGCUAUGAUGGUGUAGUAUUAUCUAAAAUAAGGUCGCACGACAACGAGGUUCUAGCUCCAGCAUGUUUACUAACCUAACCCUCGCAUGUCAUACGUAGGUACGGAUAUCCCCAAGGGACAUCCUACGACAGAUGGUAACAUGAACAACCCUUUAUGGUACUCAACACCUCUUUCUUAUGUCAUAUUUGAACACGGUUAAUAAUUAUGGAAAGGGAAACUUGUAAACUCAUGUGUCAUUCACAUUCUGUUUGAUCUGAACAGAGAACCAUCUGAAUGAAGAUCAUUGUUUUGCCAAUGUUCUGCCGCAUUCUCUGUAUGAUGGUUCACAUCGUACUGUCUGUCUCUUUGCACUAUCACUGUGUUAAACUCUAGGGCUGAAAUUAAAUUAAAGCCAGUUUCUUCCAGA